AUGAGUGGUAAAGCAUUAGCUGAUACAAUAUUACAAAACCUUCAAUCUUUAGGAAUAGAAACAAAAUAUAUAGUUGGACAAGGAUAUGAUGGCGCAGCGGCCAUGUCUGGAAUGUUUAAUGGUACCCAAUCUCAUAUAAGAAAAAAAUAUCCAAUGGCGUUAUAUAUUCACUGCAGUUCCUAUUGCUUAAAUUUAGCUGUGUCUUUUGCUUGCCAAAUUUCUGAAAUAAGAAAUUGUAUGGGUACUAUGCAGACAAUUUAUAAUUUUUUUGGAUAUCCUAAAAGAUUAAAUAUUCUCCAGUCUACAAUAACAAAGAUAUUUCCAGAUGAAAAAUCACAAAAGUUAAAAUCAUUUUGCCCCACCAGAUGGGUAGAGUGCCAUGAUGCUGUCAUGCUAUUUCAUGAAUUACAGCCUGCAAUUAUAUCUUCUCUAGAAGAAAUUUCUUCUUGGACAGACGUUGAUACAUCAUCAACAGCUAAUCAACUUUUAGCUUCGAUAACCCAAUCUAAGUUCCAAGUAUCACUCAUGAUUUUAGUUAAACUAUUUUCAAUAUCUGUGCCACUGAGUAGACUUCUACAAACUGAAAGUUUAGAUUUAAAACAAGCUCUUUCUUUUGCCAAUGUUACACAUAACACAUUAAAAGAUAUUCGUGUGAAUGCUAUUGAAGAGUUUAGUAAAAUAUUUAAGUCUGUUGAAACAUACUGUAAUAAAAUUGGAAUUGAUGUUUGCAUUCCCAGAAUAUCAAGUCGCCAAAUUCAUCACAGAGUUUCACCAAGUACGGCGAUGGAUAGGGGACACAGUGAAGAAAAUAACAACACCCCAUACAGAUCUAUAAGUUCAAAAUUGACUCCAUAA